CAGCUCUCUCUCUCUUCAGUCUCUCCUUCGUGACGAACUCUUCCACAAAAUCAAACAGAUUGCAGGAAUUUAGUUGGGCAAAAAUUGAAUAUCUUCACUUGCUUAUCACUUGCUCACAUAGAGAACAAGUUAUCAUUUAAUUAAGGGACCGGACAAGAAGGGGUUGAGAGAAGAAGGUGAAAGGUAUUAUUAGAAGAAAUGGCUGACGUGGAGACCAAAGUUGAGGAGGUGCUUGCGGCGGCGACGAAUGCUUCCACAAAUGGAACAUCGACAAAGGUCCCUGCCACCCCAGAGGGGAUGAUGAUUGCGUACGGAUCUCUAGUCCUCAUGGCACUCCUCCCAAUCUUUUUUGGAGCAUUUCGAUCCGUCAAGCAUCACAAGGAACAAAAGGCCAGCUAUCAGGAUGGCGGAGAACGUCCUGAAACGAUGUCACACAAGGACGCCGCAAUGUUUCCAAUUAUCGCGAGUUGUGCUCUGUUUGGUCUGUACGUAUUCUUCCAGGUUUUCUCCAAGGAAUACAUUAACCUUCUGCUAACGGGUUACUUUUUCUUUCUUGGAAUUCUGGCUCUUACUCAUAUCCUUAGUCCCUUCGUUUCAAAGCUGGUGCCUGCCGGAAUUCCCAAUGUUGAUUAUCACAUCUUAUUUACCUCAAAAUCUCCAGGAAGUCAAGAACAGGAGGCACUGAUUGACUACAAAUUUACAUCCCAUGAUCUUGUCUGUCUUGCUUUCUCCACUUUGGUAGGACUUUGGUACAUUUUCAAGAAACACUGGAUCGCCAACAAUCUGUUUGGAAUGGCGUUUGCAAUUAACGGGGUUGAACUACUGCAUUUGAAUAAUGUAGUGACCGGAUGCAUUUUACUGGGUGGCCUGUUCUUUUAUGACAUUUUUUGGGUAUUUGGAACAAAUGUGAUGGUUACUGUGGCCAAAUCAUUUGAGGCUCCCAUUAAAUUGGUGUUCCCACAAGAUCUGUUGGAAAAGGGACUGGCUGCUGAUAAUUUUGCCAUGUUGGGAUUGGGUGACAUUGUGCUUCCUGGAAUCUUUAUCGCCCUGCUCUUGAGAUUUGACUUAAGCAUGAAUCGAAACUCUAGGACGUAUUUCAACACCUCGUUCCUAGCCUACAUCGCCGGCCUGUUUGCCACAAUAUUUGUUAUGCACGUGUACCGUCACGCCCAACCAGCUCUGCUCUACUUGGUUCCUGCUUGCAUCGGGGCACCCCUUGGCCUCGCUCUAUUGAAAGGUGACAUCAAGGCCAUGUUUCAAUAUGAAGAUCAUCCGGCGGAACUGAAAGAAAAUGAACAGAGUAGCAGUACCAAAUCCAUCCCCCCCAGUACGGCUUCCACACCAAGCUCCAUUAAGACUAAGGCUGAAGCAAGAAAAGACAAGUAGUAAUCAGCUUGUUCCAUUAGUCAACUCAUAUUCUCCGUAACUGUAUGAUUUAAAACUGAAAUUGAUGAAAUUAAAUUGUUGCUCUAUCCAUACACCAUAAUAUAUAUUAUUAUUAUGCACUAUUUCUUACCCCAUUUUUUGUACGAAUGUUGACAAUUAUUUGUUUGUAUGUAUGUAUGUAUAUAAAGGUGCAUAAAUGAGAUUUAACUUUUAUUAUGAA